CGGUCACAUCUGGUCUUCCUGCGCCGCUCACGCUUUGCCGUGCGGAGUUGAAGAAGGAGAAGAAUACGAAGCAGAGAAGCAGGAGAUUACUGGUUCGUUCGAAGCAACUGGUCAUGGUGGAAGAAAAGCAGCAUGCGGGAGGAGGAAGAAGAGAGAAGAGAACCGAUCGGCUGGGUCGCCCCUCUCCCAAUCCUCCUCGUCUCUCCCCCUGUAAGCGCAACCCUGCCACGUCCUCCUGCUCCUCCUCCUCCUCCUCUUCCUCCUCCUCUUUUCACCACCUGCUUAAGAAGACCCGGUACGCCCCCGACCUCUUCCUCUGCCAUAGCUGUGGUCUCCGUUUCCCUUCCAACAACAACAACAACAACCCCCUCGACCAUCUCCGAUCCCAGUGGCGCGUCGCCCUCCUCUGCCGCACCUGCCUCGCCCGCGUCAAAUCAGCUGACAUCUGCUCCUAUUGCUUCUCCCCCUUCUCCCCCAUCGCUGACGCCGAACGUUCCCUCACUUGCCUCAGUUGCUCCUGCCGCGUCCAUCUCGGAUGCGUCGACCGCGAGCACCGCUGCCUCGAUCCUUGUCGCCUGGAGCCGGGCUCCUUCACCUGCGUCGAUUGCUGUGUGAUCCCUAAAUUUUGGGGCAGGAAACCUGGAAUUGGUUCUAGGGUUUCGCUCGAGGUGGUGGUGAGGGAAGCCAGUUCUGUGGCAGAGAAGAAGAUCGAGGCAGCUGCCAGGGCCAGGGAAAAUGCUCUGAAGAAGGCUGAUGCUGCAAAACGUGCCGCUGAACGGGCUAGGAAUGCGUUAGGUGCUGUUCUUGCAGCCAAGGGGGAUAUUUCAGAGCAGAAUGCUGAUCUGGCUGCAGUUACCGAUCAAGAACUGGCUCUCCAGCUACAUCUGGCUAUGAAUGGGUCUAGGAGGAUCUCAAGGAGUUCUUCUUGCUCUUUAAGUUCAGGUGCUGUUGGUUCAAUUGACGUAAAGAAAGUGUGUGGCCGAGGUGGUGAUCAGAUGAGCAGGAAUGUUGAUUCCGGUGAUCGCGGAAUUUGCAAAGCAGCUGAGAUUUGUGCUGAAGAUAAUUCCUUUCUUGAUGUGGCAGCGAGAACUGUGUUUGGUCAGGGUUCAGAUGUUGAUUCAGAAUCCAACAGGAAUCAGCAGAAGAAGCUAAUUGAUGAUAAUGGCAGAGAUGGUCAUGCUGUUAUGCCACCAAAGGAGAAUCCGGGCAACUCUUCUGAUAGAAUUGUUAGUUCUGAUGCAGAUUUUUGUAGCACCGACUCUGUAUCGUUGGAUUAUGAGAAGAAAAAAGUAUCUGAUGUUGUAUUGUUUCCAUCUACAUGUCGAAGAUAUGUCAUAGAAGGAUCUGAAGUGCAAGAAAAUAAUAGUAUUACAACACCAGAUAGAUAUCUUGUGAAAUAUACUGCAAGGAGGUCGAGACCAAAGGGAUUGGUAACUGAGGAUUACCAGCUACUUCCUUGAUGACAAAUUAGUUCUUCCAAGAUGUCUAAAUUGAUUCUCCUUAGCAGGCUUCCAUGACUGUCAUGCAUUCUUCUUCCUCCACAUGUUUUGGGUGCAAUCAUGAAAACAGUUGCCAGAGAAUCUAAUGGUGUCGAAGGAGUUCCUUAUGAGAACACAGAAAGACCUUGAUCAUUGAGGAUGAGGUUUUCUAUGUGGAUUUGCAAGAUUUUCCAGGUCAAAAUCAAGAAAAAUAAAUCUACCAUAUUUUCAUCUUCAAUGUGGAUUCUGAUAUAUGAACAGUACACCUAGUCCAUUAGGUGUUCUCAUCCCACCAAAUUAUUGUUUGUAUCCUCAGAGUUUACCCUAAUUCUGUAUGUACAUCUCUAGAUGUUCUUAAUUAGAAUAAAAUUCUAGUAGUCUGCACUGCA